AUGUCCGCCUCCGCCACGGUCUUGCUGGACAACCAGCUCUCGCAUUUCACCAACCUUGACACGUUGUCCGGUCGCGUGGUGCUCCGUCUCCCGACGGAGGCAGCUAUUGCAGGCAUUCAAGUCAAAUUGGAAGGAGAGAGCCGCACAAGGCUGUCGGGAUCUCGCAAUCCGCAAAAUGUGCACUCUGAGAAAAAGCGAACGGAGCUGGAGGUUCACAAGAUUCUAUAUAAGGUUGCUACCGUCUUCCCGACACCAGCUGUCGUUCAAACCGGGCCUGCAGCAACGUCCUAUACAUUCGCAGCCGGUUCCUACGAAUAUCCCUUCCAGUUCAAGUUUCCGUUCAACAAUGCUUGCAGUACCCAUAACAGCAUGCUCACAAAUCUCAAUUUCACUGGCCUGAGGGUUGAGAUGGCCCGCGAUACCAAUCGGCAUGUCAAAAAGACGCUUCCUCCAUCUUUGAGUGGAUUUCCGGGCAUGGCAGACAUCCGCUACUUUGUCAAAGUUACCGUCAUCAGGCCUCAAUUCUACAAAGAAAACAUUCGGGCGAUUGUGCCUAUGAUGUUUCUCCCCAUCGAACCUCCAAGGACUGGGAAUCCAAACGAGGAAACAUACGCCCGACGGCAGCACGAGUUCUCUAAAACCCAGGGUGGAAAGCAGAAGAAGAAUAUAUUUUCCCGAACGUCUUUACGAGAUGCUUAUUCCGAGCCCCCGCGCGUGUCCUUGGAUGCUCGACUCCCAAAUCCUUCUAUUCUCACAUGCAACGAGCCUGUCCCACUUCGCUUGAUUACUAGAAAGCUGACUGAUUCGCCGGAUUUGAUUUAUCUGCAAAUGCUACAGAUUGAACUGAUUUCCCAUACCAAGAUUCUUGCCCAUGAUCUCACGCAUACUGAAACCAAUACCUGGGUUAUUGUGAGUCGCAGCAACAUGGGCCUUGCAUUGGGAAACCCAGAUGAUAAAGCCGGCACUGACUGGGCAAUCGAUCCCAAUCUGUGGAACGCUAUGCCUCUACCCAACUCAGUGGCACCUUCUUUCGAAACAUGUAAUAUUGAGCGAAGAUAUGAGUUGGAGAUACGGAUCGGGCUUACUCAUGGCACUCCGGGAAAUAUGAAGCCGCAACUCAUUGUUCUCCCACUGCGAAUGCCAGUCAAGAUCUACUCUGGUAUCGCUCCUCCUCAGGCCCUCCUGGAUGCUAUGGCAGCAGCAGCGCCACAAUCAUCGCAAUCCAAACCGACACAUCGGCCCACCUGGCCCAUGAGUAGCAAUUCUAAUAACCCGCCUCCGAUGCCACCCCGGCCUGCCGGACCUGUACCCGUACCAGCGGAUUCAAGUGAAGCCUAUGAUGAAGCACCACCAAGCUAUGAGGACGCAAUGGCAGAGAAUUUAAGCCCUGUCGAUGGACCACGCCGCGAGUAUCACCCACCAGACGCCUCUUCCUCCCGGGGCAUGGAAUCUGGAACUGAUGCCAAAUCCCCAGUCGAAACUGGCCGGACACGUGAAGGACUUGUCCCCGCCCCGCAAGGCAGUCUUACACCUUCGGCAUACGAGCACCAAGGACGCUCUUCCUCCGAAUCCUUCGAUAUGCUGCCCACGACGCCCCCCGAAUCUAUAUCUGGAUCUCCCCCUGGUUCCCCCGUGAGACGCUCCCAAAGCAUGAUGAAGGUUCAUCGGAACCCAAUGGACGACGAAAGCCCACCCCAAUAUCAACCUGUAGCGGAUGGUCAGCUCCAGGCUCCCAGUAAUACUAUUCGGCAACGGCCUUCGCAAAACAGUCUGCGCCCGAUGAAUCUUGGCGUACCGUCCCGAAAACCAGUGCCGGGCCCGAGCAGACGACCUACAACCUAA